AGCCACUGGGUGAACAUGGACAUCAUGAUCAAAGCUCUCCACACUCAAGGACACUCUGUUGAUGUGGUACGCACCAAUCAAAGCUGGUACAUCAAGGAUGACUCUCCGCACUACAAUACAAUCACAGUUCCUGUCAGCGAAGCCUUUAAUCACGACUUCAUUAACCCCAUUCUGAAAAAGAUUAUUGAUAUAGAGAGGGGGGAGAGUUCAGUUUUGAGCUUUGCAAGCUUGCAGGUUGAAAUGUUUACUGCAAUGUUUAACAUGCAUAGAAUAAUGUGCAAAAUGGCUACUAACAUGUUUAAAGAUAACGACUUAAUGAAAAAUCUAAAGGAGAGUAAAUAUGACAUGGUAUUUACUGACCCAGCAUGGGGUGCAGGAAUAAUGUUGUCUCACGCUCUUAAGCUACCUCUAGUCUAUAAUGUGCGGUGGGUAACCAGUGGGGAGGGGCAUAUGGCCAUUGCACCCUCUCCUUUAUCUUAUAUCCCGUUGACCGGCUCAGGACUGUCAGACAAAAUGACUUUCAUACAGAGAGUGAAAAAUCUUAUUUUCUAUGUCAUUUGGCAAGCUCAGGAUAUAUUUCUAAUCCGCCCUCAGUAUCAAGCUGUCUGUGAUGAGUUCUUUGGCCCACAAGUCAGAUACAGUGACCUAUUACAGGGAGCAGAUCUAUGGCUCAUGAGAGUGGACUUUGUGUUUGAGUUCCCUCGUCCCACCAUGCCUAAUGUUAUCUAUAUCGGUGGGUUUCAGUGUAAACCUGCAAAACCUCUGCCUCAACACUUGGAGGAGUUUGUCCAGAGUUCAGGAGAACAUGGAGUCAUCCUCAUGUCUCUGGGGACUUUUGUGAGUGAACUUCCUGCAGACUUAACAAACAAGAUAGCUGCAGCUUUUGCCACAUUACCUCAGAAAGUCAUCUGGAGGCAUAAAGGUGACAGACCAGCCACUCUGGGCAACAACACUUUACUAGUUGACUGGAUGCCACAGAAUGACCUGUUAGGACAUCCCAAGACUAAACUAUUUGUGGCUCAUGGGGGAACAAAUGGAGUCCAAGAAGCUAUUUAUCAUGGAGUGCCAGUUGUGGGUUUACCUGUGUUUUUUGACCAAUAUGACAACCUGCUCCGUCUGAAAGAGAGAGGAGCAGCUAAGAUUUUAACCAUUAAUACAGUGGACAAAGACAACGGCUUCCUGAAGGCCAUACAAGAAGUCUUGAAUGACCCCUCUUACAGGAUGAACAUGCAGAGACUCUCCAGGCUGCACAGAGAUCAGCCUAUGAAGCCACUAGAUAACGCCCUCUUCUGGAUAGAGUUUAUCAUGAGACAUAAAGGAGCAGCUCACCUGAGAACAGAGUCCUACAGACUGCCCUGGUAUUCCUACUACUCUGUAGAUGUGGUCCUGACUUUGCUGACUACUAUUGUGGUGAUUUUUUUUCUCCCUUUUGUGUUUCUCAGAUUUGCAUGUCUUGAAAACAAAAAGAAAACAAAUAAAAAGUGA